GGAAGGCGGCAGUGGUUGAAGGGGCGAUUGCUGACUUGCGGGGAGGAGGUCCGGGGGGUUGAGCAGCCAUGGUGAUGGCAGCGAAGAAGGGCCCAGGGCCGGGUGGUGGGGUCAGCGGGGGAAAGGCGGAGGCGGAGGCGGCCUCGGAGGUGUGGUGUCGCCGCGUGCGGGAGCUGGGAGGCUGCAGCCAGGCCGGGAACCGCCACUGCUUCGAGUGCGCCCAGCGAGGGGUCACCUACGUGGAUAUCACCGUGGGCAGCUUCGUCUGCACCACCUGCUCCGGCCUCCUGAGAGGCCUGAACCCCCCUCAUCGUGUCAAGUCCAUCUCCAUGACAACUUUCACUGAGCCUGAAGUAGUGUUCCUGCAAUCCCGCGGAAACGAGGUUUGCAGGAAGAUUUGGCUGGGUCUUUUCGAUGCUCGGACAUCUUUAAUACCAGAUUCCAGGGAUCCUCAGAAGGUGAAGGAGUUUCUCCAGGAAAAAUAUGAGAAGAAGAGAUGGUAUGUCCCCCCAGACCAAGUCAAAGGGCCCACUUAUACCAAAGGCGGCGCCUCCACCCCCGUCCAGGGCUCCAUUCCGGAAGGGAAGCCCCCGCGGACACUUCUGGGGGAUCCUGUGCCGUCUCUCUUGGCUGCUGCCUCCACCUCCAGCCAGUCUGUCAGUCAGUCUCAGCCCCGGACGUCCCAGCCCCGGAGCUCUCAGCCACCUCCACCCUCCUCGGUCAAGAAAGCCAGUACUGACCUGCUGGCCGACAUCGGUGGAGACCCCUUUGCUGCUCCCCAGGUGGCACCAGCUUUUGCUGCAUUCCCAGCCUUUGGGGGCCAGACGCCUUCCCAUGGGGGCUUUGCCAACUUCGAUGCCUUUGGCAGUAGCCCUGGCUCUUCUGCAUUUGGAAGCAUGCCCCCAGCUGGCCAAGCCCCGUUCCAGGCCCAGCCAGCACCCCCAGCCAGUCGGAUGCUAACUGGAAGUCACAGCUUCGGGAGCAGCCAGGGGACUCCAUUUGGUGCCUCUCCUCUGGCAACUGCCAGUCAGCCCAACAGCCUUGCAGAUAUGGGCAGCCUCCUGGGACCCGGGGCAUCAGCUGGAGGCAUCCCUAGCAGCAUCUUCGGGAUGGCCGGCCAGGUCCCCACGCUCCAGUCGGCCACCACUGGCGGAGGUGGAAGCACAGGGCUCUCCUUUGGAGCCUUCAACCCUUUCACCACACCUGCUGCUCACGCCCAGCUGCCUUCCACCAACCCUUUCCAGCCCAAUGGCUUGGCCACAGGGCCAGGCUUUGGGAUGAGCGGUGCUGGGCCUGGCUUCCCCCAGACAGUGCCACCCACUGGGGCUUUUUCCAGCCCCUUCCCCCCACCGCUUUUCCCCCCACCGACCUCAGUGACUCAGCAGCAGAAUGGCUCUUCCUUCGGAGACCAGGCAUCCGCCAAGCUGGGGCAGAGGCCACUGAGCCAGCCAGCUGGGAUCUCCACCAACCCCUUCAUGACUGGAUCCUCAUCAAGCCCGUUUGCCUGCAACCCUCCGAACACCAACCCAUUCUUGUAGCACUGUGUCCGGGGGGCUGCCCUCUGGGGCCCCUCUACUCCCUGGAGCUCCGAUGACCACUUGCCUGUGGCAUUUUUGCGGGUCUGAGACCAGAUGGGUCUUGUUUCGAAGGGUAGGGGUCUGGGGAUGGUGGAGGUGCUAAUGCUUUGCUUGGGGCUUGCAGAUAAAAGGGCAGCUUCCCGGGUCAGCCACCCCGAGGCUUCCUCCUUCCUCCUCCAGCCCCGACCCAGGCAGGGGGCCCGGGAGGCAAGCUGGCAGAGCCUGGCCUAGAGUUGCCUUGAUGUUUUAUUUUUCAAAUUACUAAUUAUGAUGACAAGAGUCCUCCUCUCCUGCCCCCAGCGCUCCCUUCACUCCGAACCCUGUGGGUGGAGGAAGCUGGGGCCACAGGCUGAGCUGUGCUCCUUGUGGGAACGACUCCCCAGUGCCCAGCUGUCCAACACUGUUCUCCUCACGGGUGGAAGCACAGUGGGGAAAGCAGGGUGGGGAUGAGGCGUGCAUGGUGUUGAAGUGGGAUGGUGAUCAGACAGGAUGCGGAGGCCCUGGGGGGCCAGAGUGCCCUUGGUGCCCUGGCUUGGGGCAGCACCCCUUUCUCCAUGUUUUUGCUUCCCCAGCUCCCUCAGGAUGAACAGUUUUACCUACAUACUUAUACAUGCCCAACUUCCGUCAAGCACUUUAGUUAGCUGUGGUGUCAUGUUUGGAUACCAGUGUUUUAUAUUUAUACAUAGAGAAUUUUCUAAUAUAGCCUAUUAUAUAUAUAUCUAUAUAUAUGCAUACACACACGUAUCCAGAUGCAGCCAUUCUUCCUCCCCCAGACAGCUCUUUCACACAGGAAUGGGUUGAAUUCCUAUCUGUGCCUCGCAAAGCCGGCGCUCCAGGGGAUGGCGGGGAAGGAGGCACACUUCUCGAGCACCCCGAGCCUGGGCUUUUCCAGAGAAAGGCUUUGUGCAAUUGGCUUUUUUUUUUUCCUUUCUUUUUCCCACAUGCCUCCCCCGCUCCUCCCCCUGGCCCCAGUUCUCUGCGCCAAAGCUGUUGCAGGCAAUGUUGGAAAAGAACUGCAUUUGAAAGAAAAAAAAUGGCUCUUGUGGUCUUGCUUUGGGCCAGCUUGAGGGGCCUCAUGUCAGUCAACGUGACUGCUUGGGUCGGUGCCCAUACUGCUGUUCGCCAAGGACAGAGCCAGUCCCUGUCUGAACUGGAGUCCAGUUUUAGCAGUGGAGGGAGCGGGGGAGGGGGUCGGGCAGGGCCUAGUCAAAGUCCAGCUCUCCCAGGUCAGCUGCCUCCUCAGCCCCUCCCCAGCCCCUUACCACC